GAAUAAGGUGUGCCUGACCCAAGCCAUAGUGUUUUCAAUUGCCUCAUAUGCAUGACAAAGUUGGAAAAUGAAUAAGGGAGACUGUGGGAGAAUUAACAUCUUUGAAAUAUGGUGUUGAAUAUACCAUGGACUGUUAAAAGAAUGAACAAAUCCACCUUGGAAUAAAUACAGCCAGAAUGCUCCUUAAAAGUAAGGAUAACAAGACUUCAUUCACAUACUUUGGACAUGUUAUCAGGAGGGAUCUGUCCCUGGAAAAGGACAUCCUGCUUGGUAAAGUAGAGGGAUAGCGUAAAAGAAGAUGACCUUCGAGACGGAUUGAUACAGUGGUUGCAACAAUGGAUUCAAGCAUAACAAUUGUGAGAAUGGCAAAGGACUAAGCCAUGUUUUGUUCUGUUGUACAUAGGGUGGUUAUGAGUCAGAACCAACUCAUGGCACAUUACAACAGUGAUUAUUGUGGAAUUGCUGUAUAGUGCAAAUAGUUAAUGUCCCUCAGAAGAAAAUCCUGGUGAUCUAUUGCCAAAAAAUCAGCCAUUGAACAUUCUGUGGAGCACAGCUCUACUCUGACACACAUGGGGUUGCCAUGAUCAGAAUCAACUAGAUCGUAACUGGUACUUAGUACCUGCUGGUAUUUGUAUUGCAGAAAAGCUGAGAGGAUUGGAAACAGACAUGGAAAGUGCGUCAUUGUUGUCACUGUUAGUGGUGCCAUUGAGUAGAUUUUCAACUCAUAUCGAUCCUGCAUGACAGAGUAGAACUACCUCUAUAGGAUUUUCUAGGAUGUAACUUUACAGAAGCAGAUUGUCACAUCUUUUUCCCACAGAGCCACUGCAUGUGUUUGAACUGUCAGCCUUCCAGUUAACAGCCGAGGACUUAACCAUUGUACCACCAAGGCUAAAGGCACAUAAUAUUCUAACUUUCAGAACUGUUGUUUGGAUGUUCAGAGACUGGCUAGUACUAAGGCCCACCCCUGUAGCACAGAAACAAAAAAAUAAAUAAUUUCACCUGAUGUUUAUUUGUAUGACUGGUAAUACUGGGAUCCCAGAGUCUUUAACUUCCAGCAAGGAGCAGGGACAGGGAGAGAGAACUGGAGAUACCUGAAUGAUAAGAUUUCAUCUGUUUCCCACCCCACAAGUAAAUACCUCCCUCAAAUUUCUUCUUCUCUUCCCCCAUAGAAUCUCCAGAAGAAAAUGGCAGCAGGAAAUCAUUCCAUGGUGACUGAGUUCAUUCUUGCAGGGCUGACAGAAAAGCCAGAACUCCAGCUCCCCCUCUUUCUUUUCUUCCUAGGAGCCUAUGUGAUCACAGUGAUGGGGAACCUGGGCAUGAUCACACUGAUUGGGUUCAGCUCUGACCUGCACACCCCCAUGUACUAUUUCCUCAGCAGUUUGUCCUUCAUUGAUCUCUGCCAAUCCACUGUCAUUACUCCCAAAAUGCUGCUGAACUUUGUGACAGAGAAGAACACGAUUUCUUACCCUGAAUGCAUGACUCAGCUCUAUUUCUUUAUUGUUUUUGCUAUUGCAGAGUGUCAUAUGCUGGCUGUGAUGGCAUAUGAUCGAUACACUGCCAUUUGUAACCCAUUGCUUUACAAUGUCAACAUGUGUUAUCAGGUCUGCUCCUGGUUGGUAAUUGAGGUAUAUACGAUGAGUUUGAUUGGUGCUACAGCUCACACAGGUUGUAUGCUAAGAGUGGUUUUCUGCAAGGCUAAAAUAAUCAACCAUUACUUCUGUGAUGUUUUUCCACUACUGGAGCUCUUGUGCUCCAGCACUUAUAUCAAUGAAGUGGUAGUUUUGUGCUUCACUGUAUUUAAUAUUCUUGCACCAACCUUGGCCAUCCUUGGCUCCUAUGUCUCUAUCAUUGCCAACAUCCUGAAGAUCAGCUCCACUGAGGGCAGGUCCAAAGCCUUCAGUACAUGCAGCUCCCACAUCUUGGCUGUUACACUCUUCUAUGGUUCUAUAGCAUUCAUGUACCUGCAACCAUCAAAUGUCAGCUCCAUGGACCAAAGCAAAGUGUCUUCUGUGUUUUAUACCAUUAUUGUGCCAAUGCUGAACCCUCUGAUCUAUAGCCUGAGGAAUAAGGAUGUCAAAGUUGCUCUCAAUAAAAUCAUUAAGAAAAGAUUAUUUUGCGUUAGCAAAGGUGUAUAA